UAGUUCUUUUUGCAUACACAUUAUUAUAUAAGAACAUGAUUAGGUGAAAGUUUAUCUUCACUCUUAGUCCUUUAUUUCAUUCCCAAAAACUGAGGAAAUGGGUUCAGUUUCUGUAAAUGCUCUGUUUCAUACUCUGUUUCUUGCUCUGUUUCUGACUCUGUUUCAAACAAAAGCAGAGAUUUUUGACACUUUUAGCAAUGAGACAAGUUUUGAGACCAGUAACACCUUAGGAACAUGUAACAUUUUCAAUGGAAAAUGGGUUUACGACGCUUCAUAUCCUCUCUAUGAUCCUUCAACAUGUCCUUUCAUAGAUCCACAGUUCAAUUGUCAGAAACAUGGUAGAAAAGACAAACUUUAUCAGAAAUAUAGGUGGAAGCCAUUUUCAUGUAACUUGCAAAGAUUCAAUGGUUUGAACUUUGUUAAGGGACAUAAAGGGAAAAAGAUUAUGUUUGUUGGUGAUUCUUUGAGCUUGAAUCAGUUCAACUCAUUGGCUUGUAUGAUUCAUGCUUCUGUGCCAAAUUCUAAGGCUACAUUUUAUCAGAGAGAUGCUAUUUCUUCUGUCACAUUUGAGGAAUAUGGUCUUAAGUUAUUUCUAUUUCGCACCGCGUAUUUGGUAGACCUUGAUCAUGAUAAAGCCGGAAGAGUUUUGAAGCUAGACUCAAUCAAGAAUGGUGAAGCUUGGAGAGGAAUGGAUGUGUUGAUCUUCAACACAUGGCAUUGGUGGACUCACACCGGAAAUGCACAACCGUGGGAUUAUAUUCAAGAGAAUAAUAAAUUGUUUAAAGACAUGAACCGUUUUGUUGCAUUCUACAAAGGAUUAACAACUUGGGCAAGAUGGGUUGAAGAAAAUGUUAAUCCAUCCAAAACCAAAGUCUUUUUCUUAGGAAUUUCUCCGGUCCAUUACCAGGGGAAAGAUUGGAAUGAACCGACGAAGUCGUGCAUGAGUGAGAAAGAACCGUAUUUCGGAUUGAAGUAUCCGGGAGGGACACCAAUGGCUUGGAUGGUAGUGAACAAGGUGUUGAGAAGGAUGAGCAAACCAGUUUAUUUCUUAGAUGUGACAAUAUUAUCACAGUACAGAAAAGAUGCGCAUCCAGAAGGUUAUAGUGGUGUUAUGGCAACAGAUUGUAGUCACUGGUGUCUUCCAGGACUUCCUGAUACAUGGAAUGAGCUUCUCAAUGCAGCACUUUCUCAUUGACAGACAAUUUGAAUUGUGUAUAAGGUUCAACUUUUAGAGGAAAAUUCAUUGUUUUCAAUUUCUAGGAAUUAUUGUAAUUGGAUAAUAAAAAGGGUUUGAUAUGGUUCAAUUUCUAAAAUUGUAAAUGUUCAUUGUUUAGGCAGAAAUUUGCCUUUAAUUGUACUAGCAAAUAUUGUCUUUUUUAAGUUAGGAAAGAUUUGUUGCUUCAUUGUAAAUCAAGUGGGGAUGAAGUUUCCUUUUUUAAAAGCAUUGAAAUUGAAGUGAUGUUGCAAAGUAAA